CAAAUAUAGUUUAGGAUUAGGGUUUUAUGUAUUACCACCAAAACCUACAUUUUCCAAGUUUUUGGGUCAAGCAAAGCGAGUAUUACAGGUUGAGUUGCAUUUCAGUCUCUCCCUGGGGUUGCGGCGUCUACAAAAUUCGGAGAGAUGGGUUUUUCGAAAGGGCAACUUCUUGAACGCUUACAGGCUCAACAGAUAAAAUUUUCGCAGUAUGAGCAUCCUGUAGUGAUGACUGUUGAAGCCCAGGCCAAGUAUGUUGGACAUAUCAAAGGUGGAUUGAGUAAAAACUUAUUCCUAAAGGAUAAGAAGCACAGAUUUUAUAUUGUUUCAGCCUUGGCUGAUACCACAGUAGACCUAAAAGUUCUAUCUCAAAGGCUUGGGCUUGGAAAAGGAGCGGUGAGAAUGGCACCUGAAGAAGCAGUUGGAGAAAUACUUGAGGUGCCUUUAGGCUGUGUUACUCCAUUCGCACUUGUGAAUGAGUCAGCUAAGCAUGUUUCGUUGUUGUUGGAUCAAGCCCUUCACAUACAGGAUCUUGAAAAGUUUCUCAAGUCAGUAGGAAGAAUGGUUGCCUAUGUUGAUCUUGAGGCUAAUCCUUGUGUAGGGAAGGAUCAACCUCCAGAUUUAGCUGCUUUAGUUCCAUCUGUCAACACCGAUGUUAUGGAGAAAACAGCUUCUUUGAAGAUUGACAGCAAGCCAGUCUCUGCUACUGCCAAAGCAUCAAAGGUUUCCAAGAAGGAGAUAAUGACAAACUCUUUUGCUGAUCCUGAAAAGUUUAUUCAAGAAAUAGUAGAGAAAGCAUCAGCCAUUGUUCUUUCCGAGAUGAAAGAUCAAAACAUUAAGCAGCAGCAUGGCGAUGGGGAACAACUGGUAUCCAGCCAUCUAAAGAAGAAUCUUAGCUUGGAGCUGAAAAAUCUAGCUACGAUGUUUAAAAAUACAGCCUACACGGAAGGCUUUGUUGCUGGUACCCACUGCCCAGCAAAAAAAAAGUGAUGGAAAGGGAGGUUUAAUUGUUUGUCAAAUCAUGGAUGCUGGUUGCUAAUCUCACAAUCUCUUGCUUUUCUUUGAAACAUUUCACAGCUUGAUGGGUGGUUAUUAUUAUUUUUCUUUUUUCUUUAUACGUUUUUGAGGAUUUCUUAGUCCAGAUACCGCAACUGCAGUUGGUUGUUUGUUUUUGAACACCGCAAUUGUUGAGAGCACCAAGAAUCCUGUUAUUGGAAACUAAAAUGUUUACUACGUCUUGUACCUUGUUUAGUACUAGUUGCAUGCACGUACUUCCAUUAUCUAUCUACAUGUUAUAUUCAUCCCCAAA